CUAGCUUUCAGCCAGCUGGGCAGGAGGUGGGGCUGCCCCAGCCUGGUCCCCACCUCCCCAGGCCUCCCUGACCCAUAGGGCACUAGUGCCCAGAGCUUGUGCUGCCAAGAGGCCACCUGGCCUUCCCUACUCUGCCGCCCCAGAAAUAACCCAGGAUGGUAUCUAGGGAUGAGGCCAGAGCCCCUUGAGCUCUUCCCCUCACGAGUGUAAGGUCACAGCCCCAGCCAGUCUGUAGAGUCUGUGCCUAGUCCAGGCUUCAGAGCCUGGUUUCUAGAGGGGGAGCGAGCUCAGGGAAGGUAUUUGGGCCGUAGGAGGGACAGGGAGCCAGGGUACUCUGGAGUUCAGCUUCCUGGGGGUGGGAUGGGGAUCAGAAUUGCUGCCCGAAGGUUGGGACAGUCUGGGGAGGCAGUGGCCUGUCCACCCAGGGGAAUCCUUGCUCACUUUCCUACCAGAGAUCUCAGGGGAACCGCUAACCCUGCGGUGGUCCUCACAUCACAGGAUGGGAGGCUUCUCUGUCUCUCUGAGCAGGUCCCACCCUCUGGUCUCAGUUUCCUCAGCUGUACCUGGGGCGUGUGAGUUGACCUCUAAGGAGUGAAUGGCCAGCCCCCCUUCCAACCCAGGCAGCCCCACCCUGCAGGAAGCUCCCUAAUCAGCCCGUUUGUCUCAAGAGCUGGAUGUGGCAAAACUUGCAAAACCACAUUCAUGGCAGUUUGCUUGAGUCCCACAUCUGCAUACACAGCUCCCCCGUCUGCUUGGGGCUGGGCAGGCAGGUGUCCGGUGGGAAGCGGCCCUGCCUGUAGGCACUCUCAGACCAGCCCACAGAGCCUGGCACCAGCCUGGCAGUCACUCAGGCAGCACGGGUUGGUGUCGCUUGGUCACAGGACUUGAAAAUGUAACUUUGAAAAUGGAAAUGCCUGGGGAAAAACUCUGAUCUCAGGAGGGGCAGGAGCAGCUUGCAGACGGGGGAGCUCUGGUGGCCCCCAGGGUAGGAGCCCUGUGCGCCAGGCUCCCUGAGUCUCAAUUUCACCAUGUGUAAAAUGGGGAGGCUGAUAGUAGGGAGGUCUACUUAAGGUAAAAAUGGACUGUGAACAUCCAACCCUUAGAUCUUCCUGGGAGUGAGUGGGGUUCCUUGUGGUAAACUCCCCUCUGUGCCCUCCACCCCUGGCUGGCUGCACACUUGGGCUGAGGGCUGGCGCAGCAGGAGGCCCUGUUUUUGGGUCAUGCUCUCUGUGAUUCAGGUGUUAAUGGGGACAGAAGGCUGCUGGGGGAGGGGGACCUGUGUGCUUUAAGGUUGGGGGUGCUUUAGGAAGGCAGGAAAAGGGCAACCGUUUCUCCCUGGAAUCCUAACACACAGCAAUGGCCUUCAGAGUUGCCGUUGGGGGAGGAAUGGUUUGGUGUGUCCCUUGAGGCUCCUGGGGGUGUGUGUCACAAGGAGGUGCUUAGAGAUCAAGGCCCUCCCCCCAGCUCCCACACCCAUGUUUGGGGACACUGGGGUAGGGCAUCUCCAGCAGGAAAUUCCCAGAGUAAUUCACUUGAAUUUACUUUAAUAAUAAAACCCCUAGGGUAAGCCCUAGAAGCCAGGCUGGGUUUCUGGUUGUGUUGGGAGUGGGGGAGGGGCUGACAGCGCUGGGCUGUGGGGUGGUGAGCCCGAGGGGGGAGCCAUGGAGGGCAGAGCUGCUCGCAGACCCUUCACACACUUGACGGGCUCCCUCACCCAGCACUUUCGCAAGAGCAGCUGGUUCCUUUAUUUUCCUGGACGCCUCUCCUGCAGGGGCCGAACCAGGACACACCAACGCCAGCGGAGGCCACCCUGGGGCCCCUUCCCCCAGCCCCCCAGGGUCACUAGAGGAGCUUGUCUGACCCAAGCCAGCUGCCACCCCCUUUUCCACCCACUUCUCACAGUCCUGGGUGCAAACCCCACUUCAGCCUUCCUCCUGCUCCACCACCUUGAGAACAUUCGAAGGAAGGCUCAGACGGCCCUCAGCGCCUUUUUCCAAGAGACCAACAUCCCCUACAGCCACCAUCACCACCAGAUGAUGUGCACUCCAGCCAACACCCCCGCCACGCCCCCCAACUUCCCCGAUGCCCUCACCAUGUUCUCCCGUCUCAAGGCCUCCGAGAGCUUCCACAGCGGAGGCAGCGGCAGCCCGAUGGCCGCCACGGCCACGUCGCCCCCGCCGCACUUCCCGCUCGCCGCCACCGGCAGCUUCGCGGCACCCAGCUGGCCGGCUGCGGCCUCGCCCCCAGGCGGGGCACAGCACCACCAGCCGCAGCAGCUGCCCCUGUGGACUCCGGCACCCCCUUCCCCGGCGUCAGACUGGCCACCCCUGGUCCCCCAACAGGCCACCUCAGAACCCAGAGCCCACCCUGCCAUGGAGGCCGAGAGAUAAGGGAGGCCCCUCCCCCCUCCCGGAGGCCAGAACCCCGUGGGGCGGGGGAGAGGACGUCUCUGCGGGCCCCCUUCACCCUCCUCUGUCUGCACCCCCAUUCCCCAGAGCCCUGGGGGGGAGAGACCGGACCCUUGUGCCAGUACACAGGCU